UUUCUCCAGAAAUUCUAUAAAUUUACCGAGGUACAGACACAAGAUGGGUACUUGAUACACAUAGUGAAUGAAGGAACGCACUGCAGAAGUUUAACACCUUUUCAUUAGGGUGUCCCUCCUAUCCGACGCUUCCAUCCAGAGUUGUGACCUCAUUGGAUGCCGCUCCUCAUGACGUCAGACGCAGAGCUCGCAGAAGCACACGCCAGCUUGGGAUGCAGACUUCGUCUCCGAAGUGUCGCGACUGCUGUGCUGCAGGUAGUCUCGGAAUCGGAAAAAAAACUAAAACGCCUCGGCGUGUCAGAUCUCGGAAUUCUGCUAUUGAGAAAUGAUUUUAGUUAUAACAUGCAUUUGAUAGAAUACAGCACUGCUUUGAUUUAAUGUGGACUAAUUGUGGUGACUGAAAUAUCUUCAUUAGUGACAUUUUCCUUUUGCACAUAGACAUUCAUUAAUGCUAUCAUAUAGUGCAGAUACGGUUCAGAUGGAUUACCACUUUUGUGAUUCACCGUACACGAAACUAAAUGCUUCAAAAACAACAGGUUUCGGCUGAUCGUCAUUAAUUAAGCCACAUAACUGUCUCAUAUAUGUUACUUUCAUCGCGGAGCAAAAUAGCAGUGCAUUCAUGAUAUGUGCAAAUCGGACUAAAUGAAAUCCAGUGUUAUUGAAUUUACAUACACUGUAGAAGUUAGAAAACAACUUGUGCUGUACAAACAGAUUUGUUUGUGUAAUUUCUUCAGGUAGGGAAAAAUGGAGAGCUUUUUAACUCUGCAUAUUCUUCUUGUGCUUCUGUCUGUAGUUUCGGUAUUGUGCCAGCAAGAACGUUGUGAAGAAAUCACCAUUCCAAUGUGCCGUGGCAUCGGUUACAAUUACACUUCUAUGCCAAAUAAAUUUCAUCAUGAUACUCAGGACGAAGCAGGCUUAGAAGUUCACCAGUUUUGGCCACUAGUCGAGAUACAUUGCUCGGACGAUCUUCUUUUCUUCUUGUGUUCCUUGUAUGUCCCAAUUUGCAUCGAGGAUUACCAGGGCCAGUUGCCUGCAUGCUCUUCGGUAUGCGAUCGUGCUAGAGCAGGUUGUGCUCCUAUCAUGCACAAGUACGGAUUUGUUUGGCCGGAGAGAAUGAACUGCGAUGACUUUCCUCGUUACGGCGAUCAAGAGCAUUUGUGCAUGGACGCAAAAGAAGGUGCAGGUCCAGAGAAUGGAGAGUACAGCAGCAAACAAGAAACAAAACCAGUGCGUAGGCCUCCUUCAUAUAGGGGUCGCAAUUCGAAGUCAAGAGAUAGGCAUGAUUCUGUAUCUCCUGGAGGAAACGUUGGUCUUCCGCCGGGUGAAACUGUACCCGCGGGGGUUGACUCGGAGUGCAGUUGCGAGUGCCGUUUUCCUAUGGUGCCACUAGUGGAUGCAACUGACCGGAGAUUGUAUAAUAAUGUAGCGACAGGUGGAGUACCGCACUGCGCUAGGCCCUGCCGUGGUACGUUCUUUAGCAAAGAUGAACAGACUUUCGCCGCUUUCUGGAUUGGACUUUGGGCCAUCUUUUGCUGCGUUUCAGCUAGCAUGACAGUCUUAACUUUCCUUAUAGAUCCUACCCGAUUCCGUUAUCCCGAACGUCCUAUCAUUUUCCUGUCCGGUUGCUACCUCAUGGUGUCCGUGGGUUACCUGGUAAGGCUGGGUCUCGGCCACGAGGCAGUGGCUUGUGACGGGCCUAUAGUCCGGUAUCACACGACAGGCCGCCCGCCAGCUUGUACCAUUGUCUUCCUAUUAAUUUAUUUUUUCGGAAUGGCCAGUUCCCUCUGGUGGGUGAUACUGACAUUAACCUGGCUGCUGGCAGCAGGACUGAAGUGGGGAAAUGAGGCUAUUGCUGGAUAUUCGCAGUAUUUUCACCUUGCAGCUUGGUUGGUGCCAACAGGUAAAUCUAUUGCUGUUUUGGCCAUGGGGGCGGUUGAUGGCGACCCAGUAGCGGGUGUAUGCUCCGUUGGAAACCAGAACGUCGACUAUUUGAGAUGGUUUGUAAUUAUGCCUCUCUGCGCCUACUUGCUCUUGGGUACCUCUUUCCUCCUCGCAGGCUUCGUCUCACUGUUUCGUAUCCGCAAUGUGAUCCGACAGCAAGCACGGGCCAAAGCGGACAAACUGGAGAAGCUGAUGAUCCGAAUCGGUGUCUUCUCCGUCCUGUAUACGGUACCAGCUACCAUUGUGAUCGGCUGCCACUUUUACGAGCAGCAUUUCCGAGAAAGAUGGGACCAUCGCCAUAAUUGUCCCUGUGAAUCGGACACAGCACGACCAGACUAUUCGGUUUUCAUGCUCAAAUAUUUCAUGUGUUUAGUAGUAGGUAUAACUUCUGGGUUCUGGAUAACAUCAGUGAAAACCCUGGAAUCCUGGAGGCAACGACUGUGCCGACGACGUGGACAGCGUGGUGGCCCCGGCUCUACGUCACAAAGAACGGGGACGCCGGGAGGUGCCGAUGCCCUGUAUGGGCCUAGAACGUUUAAACCUCUCAGUCCAGCCAGCCAUGUGGGGCACGUGCCCUCCAGUUGCAAACAGGUGCCCUUGUCGCACGUGUGACUGACGUUUUACUCACCGAUACAUGAUGUUCUCUUCGAACUGCGACUGUGGGAGGUAAAGCUUUAGUUCCCUAUGUCUUAUGAAGACAGUCUAUCGAUUCUUGUGUAUCUUUUGAAUCUAUGUUUUAGCAUUUGUAGUUCUUUUUAUGUACAUAUAUACAUACAUACAUAUAUAUAUGUUUAUAUAUAAAAGGGAGUAACAAGUGGUAUUAGAAGAUUUUAUAGAAGCCUGAAAGUUUUUUUUUUUCUUUCUUUUUAGUUUUUAUGUACAUUAUUUGUAGCUAUGGUUGCGUUUCAAUAUGUUUAUUAAUUCUUUAUAUAUUUGACUUAAAAAUUUCUUUAUUUCUAUUUUGAUUAAGUGCAAUUUUGACCUUUUCUUUAUCCCUCCUCUCCUUAAUAGCUUGCAAGCAAGUGUUCCUGAAAAGUCGCUUGCUAUCGAAAUAAGAAUUUUUGUAAACUUUGAUAUCGUUACCAUCUUUAAACACAAGCUUUUUUAGCUGACCUGUUAUCAGUUAGUAUGCAAUAGAUUCCAAUUCACGCAAUCAUAAUCUUAAACUUCUUUUUGUUUGCAUAUAAUAUGUUCUUGCAUGGAGUAAAUAUUACUCAUUAGUCAAAACAAUUUCAAUGUUCUGCUGGGGCAUUUUCCUUUUCCAAGUUUAAUAUUAAGCUAGGCUUUUAAUUAUUAAGCUAAAAAUCCGAAAAUUCAGACAAACUUUUUUUCUUCUUUUUUAUUUCUAAUUUUACACUAUACUUAUUACUAUUACUACUUACACUAUAUUUAUAAUUACUACAUAAAAAAAAAAAAAAAAAAAAAAUCUUGUAGCAGCUUUAUACAUCGUAAUGAGUAGAUUUCAUGAAAUUGUUUUAGAGAUAAAUUGCUUUUAAUUCUCCUGAAAAGAGUUUAUUUAACACUUAUUAAAAUAUUAUGAAUUUCACAUAACGUUAAUCCUAAUUUUUCAUGUAGCAUUUUAAGGAUUUUUCACAGAAUUCUUUAAAAUAUUCUUUUCUGGUUUUAAACAUUGCGUAAUUUAUUCUUUUAUCUUUCGAAGCAGUUUAUAGAUGUAUUUCAGCUUUUAUGAAAUUAGAAAAACAAUUCUGUACCUAUCAAGGAAUGAAAAGAAGAAAAAAAAAAAGUUUAUUCUUAAAGCUGGAGUGUAAGCAUAUGUUUCGAGGGCACCGCAAUGGAUUUUUAUCUGAACGGUUAUUAACCAAUUAACUGCCAUGAUCCCCAUAUGGGGAUUUGACUUACUAGCGGAAAUUUGGUAACUUUAAUUAGUUUGGCAACAAUGGUUACUUUUUUCCAUUGUUGUUUAAAGCUUUCUCUAGCUUUUGCAUGAGUUGUUGAGUAAUAGUUGUUAAAUUAGUGAACUGGAGAGUAUUAUUGAGAAGAAGUGAAAUUUUUGUGAGUUUUAAGAUUUCAACAUUUUCAAAACUCGGUAGGUCAUAUUAUUGUAUUGUUGUAUUUAUGUACUAAUGAUUCUCUAAUGGUUUUAGAAUUAUAUUAAGAAUUUAAUAUAUAUUAAUAUUUUAAUUCUCUCUUAGAAUUU